AUGCGCGUGGAGGGCGACGACCGCGGCCUGCCCGACACGAAGCGCUUCCUCGCGCUGCUCGACGCGCUCCGGGCCGGCGUCCCCCCGCCUGGCAGCGCCACAGCAUGUGACGACCCAGAGAGCCACGAGCUGGCGCUGGCGGCGGAGCUCUUUGAUUGGUCGAAGCCGCUAGUGGUAACCAGGGCGCCGGGGCGCCUGGAUGUGAUGGGUGGCAUUGCUGAUUACUCCGGCUCGCUCGUGCUUCAGAUGCCAACAGCAGAGGCGUGCCACGUGGCCAUUCAGGUCAUCCGCGCAGCCCCCUCCGCCACUCCCUCGCCCCCUGCACGCCCCCCUUCACUGCGCAUCGUGUCCCUCUCCGCCGCCACCAACCACCGCGUGCCGUCCGUUGCGCUGCCCCUCGCCCGCCUGCUCCCCGGCCUGUACGCCUCCGCCCCCCACUCCGCCCCCUGCAGCCUUGACUAUGCCGCUGCCCAUGCGGUUCUGGCGGGGGGGGCAGGCACGGGCAGUGGGGAGGAGGACGGGGCAGCAGAGGCGAGAGAUUCGGGAGAGGAAGGCGGAGGGAAGGGCGGAGGGAAGGGCGGAGGGAGCAGAGAGGGGGGCGGAGGGAGCAGAGAGGGGGGCGGAGGGAGCAGAGAGGGGGGCGGAGGGAGUGGCGCAGCAGAGCAGGGAGGAGGGGUGGGAGGGACGCGGUGGGCGGCGUAUGUGGGGGGGUCGCUGGUGGUGCUGGCGAGGGAGAGAGAGGCGGAGUUCCGCCUGGCAUGGAUGGGCGGGGAGCCGGGGCAGGGGCAGGGGCAGGGGCAGGGGCAGGGGCAGGGGCAGGGGCAGGGGCAGGGGCAGGGGCAGGGGCAGGGGGAGAAGGGCGAGGGCGGGGGCGGAGGCAGGGCGGUGGGGAGGGUGGAGGGGGUGGCGGUGGUGGUGGCGUCGGAGGUGCCGGAGGGGGUGGGAGUGGCGUCAUCAGCAGCGGUGGAGGUGGCAUCCAUGGCCGCCCUGGUGCACGCACUGGGCAUGAGCGUGCCCCCCUGGCAGCUGGCCCGCAUGUGUCAGAUGGUGGAGAACAGGGUGGUGGGCGCCCCCUGCGGCAUCAUGGAUCAGAUGGCCGUCACGCUCGCACGCCCCGCGUCGCUGCUGGCGCUGCUGUGCCGCCCGGCCACCGUGCAGGGCUUCCUGCCGCUGCCGCCCCACGUGGCGCUGUGGGGCAUCGACUCGGGCGCGCGCCACAGCGUGGGGGGCGCAGGGUACAGCGGUGUGCGGGCAGCGGCGUUCAUGGGACUCACGCUUAUCAAUGCCGCUAGAGGGCACAGCAGGGACGAUGAUCAGGAGGGCGCCACUGCAGCACCACAUGCUUCCACGCCAGCCGCCAUGCAACCGCUGUCAUGCCUUUGUGAACUAGACCCGCACAGCGUGCCCCCACUGGAGCCCGUGCUGCCCCUCGCCAUGCGGGGCAGCGCCUUCCUCGCGCAGCACGCGUCCCACGGCGACCCCGUCACCACCGUGGCGCCCGCUCUGCUCUACCCCGUGCUGCCCGCCACGCGCCACCCUGUCAUGGACCACUUCCGCACGCGCUGCUUCCGCUCUCUGCUGCUGGGAGGAGUGGGGGACGAGGAGAGGGGGAAAGAGGGGGAGGGGGAAGGGGAUGAGGGGACGGAUGGGGUUGGGGGCGGUGGGUCAGGCAGAGGGAGGUGUGAGCAGAUGGCGCUGCUGGGGGAGCUGAUGAUGCAGGUACGCCCCUUACAGCUGAUGAUGCAGAGCCAUGUGAGCUACACGGCGUGCAGGCUGGGGUCGCCCGCCACCGACCUCAUAGUCGCCCUCGCCCGCACACACAUGGGGCCGCAAGGGCCGCUGUGGGGCGCCAAGAUAACGGGGGGUGGCAGUGGGGGGACGGUGUGUGUGCUGGGGGACAGCACGGCUGCUGCGCAGGCAGCAGUGGACGACGUGUGCCGGCACUUUGAGAGCGCCACGGGCCAUCGCCCUCACCUCUUCCGCGGCUCCUCGCCCGGCGCCGCUCAUUUCGGCCACCUCAUCCUGCACCCGCCCUAG